AUGCUCCUCUACAACAACCGGAGGCUACUCCGUCUUCUUCUGCAACGGCAGGGGAGCGUGUUUUUCCGUCCUGAGACGAUAUUGGCUGGGCUCCUGCUUGCAGGAAUGGGCAGCUUCGUCCAGCAUGCGCGCGACACCGGCUGGGAAUAUGCCCCGGAUAUCGAGCACCACUAUGGCUUCCAAGCUGUGGGUGUUGGAGUCACUUUCGCCAUCGUUUUUCGGACCCAGCUGGCGUGGGGGAGGUUCUGGGAGGCAGCCACACAUCUCCACAUGAUGUACAGCAAGUGGAUGGACGCCUUCGCACAAUUCCAGGCCUUCGCGGAGGUUACGGCCAAGGCAGCAUUUGAGGCAGGAGAUCAUGUACGGGCAGACCUCCUGUGGCAGAAGCAGCUGCGGCUGAAGUGGAACUUUGCUUUGCUGAGCGCCUUUGCGGCUGAGAGGCUUUGCCGCGGCGACAACGAGCGCAUGAAGGACGAUGGGUCCGAGCGCAUACGCACACGGACUGACUUGCGAAUCGAGGUCGGGGAGUCUGCGUAG